AUGCAGUCCGUGCAGAGGGUCUUUAAAGUUGCUUCUCGGCAGGCUCCUAUUGUGCAACGUACAGUUCAACAAAGAUUCAAUACAACCGUUGCUUCUACAGUAGUCAAACCAAAGCGUUCUCGGUGGAAGACGGUCAAGACAGUAGCUGCUGUUGGCGCUACAGGCUUUGUUGGUCUCACCUUUUAUGGCAUGUAUUAUCAUCGCCAUCCCACAGAGAAUCCCAUCCCUGCUGACCCAAACAAAAAAACGGUGGUUAUCCUCGGCAGUGGUUGGGCAAGUACUUCUUUGUUAAAGUCUAUUGACACCAACCUUUAUAACGUUGUGAUCGUAUCUCCUCGUAAUUAUUUCUUAUUCACGCCUCUUUUGCCCUCAUGUACGGUGGGUACGAUUGAUAUUCGUUCUUUGGUCGAGCCCAUUCGUUUCAUCACUCGACACAAGCCGAACGAGGUGAAAGUCUAUGAAGCUGAAUGUACUGAUGUCGAUCCUGAAAAGAAGGUCAUUACAAUUGUUGAUAACUCCGAAAUUAAAGGUGAAAGCGCUACGAGCACCAUUCCCUAUGAUUAUUUGGUCAUAGGUAUUGGCGCUCAAAGUCAGACAUUUGGUAUUAAGGGUGUAGAAGAGUAUGGAUGUUUCUUGAAAGAAGUUUGGGAUGCACAAAAGAUUCGUACCAAAUUGAUGGAUUGUAUUGAAACAGCCGCUUUCCCAGGUCAGACGCCUGAGGAAAUUGAACGUUUAUUACAUAUGGUCGUCGUCGGUGGCGGCCCUACCGGCAUUGAGUAUGCAGCUGAACUCCACGAUUUCUUGGUAGAAGAUCUGACACAUUGGUAUCCAGAACUCGCCGGAAAAGUCAAGAUCACACUUGUUGAAGCCAUGCCGAAUGUGUUGCCAGCUUUCUCGAAGCAGCUGAUCGAUUACACUGAAUCCACCUUUAAAGAGCAACACAUUUCUAUUUUGACAAAGACAGCGGUAAAGGAAGUGAGAGCAAAGGAAAUCAUUGUGCAAAAGGGCCAAGAUGGUGAAAAGGAAGCUAUUCCUUACGGUCUUUUAGUGUGGGCCACUGGUAACACAACCCGUCCUUUGAUAAAGAAGCUCAUGGCGCGUUAUCCUGACAAACAAACGAUUCGCCGUGGUUUGGCAGUCGACGAUUGGUUACGAAUGGAAGGUUCACAAGAUAUUUAUGUCAUGGGCGAUGCCUCAGCUACGAAAUAUGCACCGACAGCUCAAGUAGCGGCUCAGCAAGGCAAAUAUUUGGCUCGCGUAUUUGCUCAAUUGCACGAUGUAGAGCAAUAUGAAGCGGAAGUGGAAAAAGCAAAGACAGAGGAAGAAAAGGCAAAGAAAAUGCGUCGAUUGCAGAAAGCACAGAAUAUCAAGCCUUUCCAUUACUCUCAUCAAGGUUCACUCUGUUAUAUCGGAUCAGAUAAGGCAAUUGCUGAUUUACCGUUCGGCCCCGGUAAUUUAGCUUCAGGUGGCGUCGCCACAUUCGCCUUCUGGCGCUCCGCUUAUAUAUCGAAUUUAUUCUCUGCACGAAACAAGUGGCUGGUCAUUACUGAUUGGACCAAGAAGGCAUUCUGGGGUCGUGACAUUUCACGAGAAUAA